AUGAAUUGUGGCGGCGACAAUUUCCUCCCGAUGGAACCAUCCAUCCGCCUGCACGGAGCGGCGAUGCUGACCGGACGGGCAUCUGUCAGUUGCCGCCACCCCCGUGAAGGGAAGGAUGACACAAAAUCUGGUGGGACAACUGCGCCGCAAGUUAAUGCUGAGCCGUCACGCCAAAACGAGGAUUGGCGACAGUCUGCCGCGGCUGACGGACCCAACACCGUCGAUCCGAGUCCCGCAUCCAACAUGGCGACCAACACGCCCGAGAUGAGGCCUGAGUUUGCCGCCAAUCCGAAGGAAAUGAUGGUCCCGAAUGCAUCCAACAAGAGGCCUUCCUUUGCCAACGGUCCGAGAAUAUUAGUGGCGUCGAAUGCAUUCGGGAUCAUGUCUGUCACUUAUGGCGGCAGGGAACACGUUGCUGCGGAUAACACAGACGAGGUGAAUGAGCGCAGCGCCACUGGACACAAAUCUCUCGUUUUAGAAAAUGGCGUUGCAGGCAGUGGAUUUGUUGCUGAGGGUGAUGCGUACGGAUUGAGUCAACGCAAUGCCUCUGGACACGAGAAAAAACCCCUAUUACGAGAAUUCACUGCGCAGUAUUCUGUAAACGGCGUGAGUCCCGACGACUGCUUUGCCCUGCUCAACGACGCGAAAUUGACACUGCGAGAGUUAAUUGUUGACAGCACUGUGCGUGUGCGCGUGUAUUUGGUGUUGCUGCUUCUUCUGGGAUUGUGUGGAGUUGUGGCGGUAUUGUGA